AUGAGUGGAUGUGGGCGUGCACGCGGCCGGCCGCACGCGCGCGUGCGCGGUCGUAUGUGUGUGUGUGUGUGUGUGUGUGAAUGUGUGUAUGUGUGCGUGUGUGGUUAUAGGUCUGGGGCCCCAGACGGGCAUGGAGCCCCCGUGCUCCCCGCGCUUGCCCCUCCGAGCGCCGCCGACGUCGUGCACGUCCUUCCUUCCGCGCCCUCACGCGCAGAAUAUGCACAUCUCCUGCUCCGGUGGCCCUCCGAUGGCGUGCACUCAGGCCGGGGUACUGCCGCGAUGGGGUUCCAGGGGGCGAACAACAAGCUCGUGAGCUCAAGCACGCGGAACUUGAGCGAGUUUGGCAUCUUGGACGUGCCCUUGGACGAGGCCCGCAUGAGCGCCAAGCGCGGCUUCGCGAGCAUCUCCGUCGAGCAGGGAUCUGGCGGGCUGAUGACCGAGGAGCAGGCGCGGGAGUUCCAGAAGUCCCUCCGGCGGCGCUGACGGAGUACCGAAGAGCCGCUGAGCUGCCUGACCAGCUUCCUCAACGCUGCCGGUCCAGCUGAUCAUAGUCGAGAAUCUGAGGUGUUUGAGCUGCAGCCUCCCGUUGCGUCCGCUCGUGUUCCACCCGUGCCUUCCUCCUCGCCUUGGCCACAGGCGAGGAGACGCGCGCUCUCGCCGACGCUCGAUCUCUCCUCCCGUCGCGC